AUGUCUCAAGGAAAUUUAAUUGAUGUCAGGUCUAAGAAAAUAGGCAGAACAGGUCCAAAACCAAGGGAAUUCACAGAUGAAUUUCUACAGUCAGUGCCCCUUCAUUUAAGGCAGACUGAAAGGUCUUAUGCAUCAGCACUGAAGAUAUCUGAUGUCACUCUUCAUUAUUUGAAGAAAAAGGGGAGGCUGAGAACACAUACUGCAAGUAACAAGCCAGCACUUUCAUCUGACCAUAAAGUAGCAAGAAUGAAGUGGGUUCUAUCUCAUAUUAAUCCUGUCUUAGGAAAUGAGGACCCAACAUUUGAAGAUAUGGACAUAGUAAUACACAUUGAUGAGAAAUGGUUCUACUUGAACCCAGACAAGAGGAGAUUUUAUCUCCUUCCAAGUGAAGAAGAUCCAUACAUGGCACAACAAUCAAGAAGGUUUAAGUUAAAGGCCAUGUUCAUGGCACUAAUUGGGAAGCCACUUUAUGGGCCUAAUGGGGAACUCAUUCAUGAUGGGAAAUAUGGAAUAUUUCCUUUUACAGUUCAAGAGAGGGCUAAGAAAUCAAGUAAAAACAGAGCAGCAGGAACAAUGGUCACAAAGGCACUCCAAAAUGUAAACAGAGAAGUUAUUAGAGAAGUGUUGCUCAACAAAGUUAUACCAGCUAUAAUUGCUAAGUGGCCUGAAAGUCAACCUAAGAAUGUAAUCAUUCAGUGGGAUAAUGCAAGACCACAUCAAAUACCAACAGAUGAUGAGUUUAUUGCAGCAGCAACAACAAAUGGAUUCAACAUACAUUUUGUCUUCCAGCCAGCACAAUCACCAGAUUUAAAUGUGUUGGAUUUAGGAUUGUUUAGGUCUAUUCAAUCUUUAUAG